AUGUCGGAUGCCCUCCACAGCAAAGUCAGCAGUAAGCCCUCCGUCACCAAGCCGAAGGCGUAUGGCUCCGCAGUACAUCUGCCGAUAAAGAAACAGCUCAGCAGCUCCUCUGUUUCAGUCUGUGCAUCUCAAGGGGGAUCGUCUCCAAAGCACAAGAAGUUCCUGAACAAAGACAAAGGAGGAGGACUGGAGUCUAAGGUGCUGCACAUCUUGACAGCCAAGUUGGAGUUAGCCAAAUAUUACCAGGCUGGUAAAGAAAACUGUGCAUCGGCUGAGCUUUUACCACCUUCUUUGAUUGACAGGAGAAUGUGGGCCAUUUCGGACUUUGAAAUUGGCAAGCCGCUUGGCAAAGGGAGGUUCGGUGCGGUGUACUUGGCCCGGAACAAAAAGACUCACUUCAUCUUGGCUUUAAAAGUCAUAUUCAAGUCUGCCAUGGAGAAAGCGCAGCUGGAACACCAGCUCCGAAGAGAAAUAGAAAUCCUGUGUCACCUCAGGCAUCCAAAUAUCUUACGGAUGUAUAAUUACUUUCAUGACCGGACUCGGAUCUACCUCAUGCUGGAAUAUGCUCCCAGAGGGGAGCUGUACAAAGAAUUACAGAAAAAGAAAUACUUUGAUGACACCAGAACUGCAACUUAUAUGGAAGAAAUAUCUGAAGCUCUGAUGUACUGUCAUGCUAGGAAAGUAAUCCACAGAGACAUUAAGCCAGAAAACCUUCUGCUAGGCUUAAGAGGGGAGCUGAAGUUGGCGGACUUUGGCUGGUCAGUGCAUGCUCCAUCACUAAGAAGGACAACCUUGUGCGGCACCACAGACUACCUUGCUCCAGAAAUGAUAGAAGGGAGUCCCCACAAUGAAAACGUUGAUGUGUGGUGUGUUGGCGUGCUUUGUUACGAGUGUCUGACGGGAUAUGCUCCAUUUGAAGCAGCCACUCGGUUAGAGACAUUCAGGAAAAUAAGAGAGGUUAAUCUUACAUUUCCUUCUCGGGUGUCUGAUGGCGCCAGGGACCUCAUUACCAAAAUACUUCACCGCACACCUUCUCUGCGACUCCCUCUGAAAGCAGUCGUCGAACAUCCCUGGGUGAAGAGCAACUCAAGGAGAAUUCUGCCACCUGUGUACAGUAAGGGAGAAGAGUGAGUCUCUGCAACAUUCUGAAGACGGCAGAAUGCUCUGCACGCGCCCUCUCUCGCUCGCUCUCUUUUUAAAGACAGCUGGUUGCAGUGGUAGACCGCAGUCCCACUUCUGC